CAGUGUAUUAUCGUCACUUCCGGUUACCAGUGAAAGCUGUCUGCUGAUUCACACACACUCACAAGAAGGUCCUGGAUGGGUAUUUAAACAUGUUAUAAACUAUAAAGCCCCAGCAGCAAUAUUUUCAGGAGGACACCAUGGUCCCUACAGACUUUAAAGCUCUGAUCCAGAGGUUUUAUCACCUUCAGUCUGAGCGGGUGGAGACAUAUCGACUCUUUGAAGAAGGACAUGAAGCCUACUUGAGGACAGGGCCCCAUUAUGACUUCGACCACUACAGGCAGCUGGUCCAUGAGAUAACACAGGCUUUCUGCGGCAUAUCCACAGAAGUGCUGGAGAUUAAGGGGAGGCUGCAUCGUGAGUUUGAUCGACCGGACCUCUCUGAGCAUAUUGAAAAGCUUCAGAACAAAGAGAAGCAGAAACUGGACCUGACAGCCAAGCUGCAGCUGGCCAGGCAGCGGGCCCAGGAUCACCCCGAGGAGGAGGACUGUCAGGAAAAGAUUCAGGAGAUCAAGCAUGAGAUCAUCAAGAACAAAGAAGCUCUGAGUGAGAUCAUGCAGGACUUUAAGUAUGACUCUGAGGAGUGUGAUUGACAGGCGGCUCCCAGGAGGCCUGCAGCCACCCUCUCACAUCACCGUCAGCGGCGCGGUGACGGAUCGACUCGGCUCUGCUGCAACUUCCAUCUUGGACUCCUCAGCUGCACUUAUCGAUCCCCCUCUGGCCUCACCCUGCUUGCUGCUGCAGUCUUAUUCCACCCAGGGGACUUUUCCCAUUCAGGCGCUGUGUGUUUUUAUCUGUAGUCAUGCCUUCAUGUUAAUGCCUGCCUCAGCAGUAAACAAGAAAAAAAAAUACUCAUGUUUAUGUGACGACAUGAUGAAAUGUGUAAAUAGUCUAAAGGUGAAAGUAGUCCCCUCAACGUCUUUGUUGAAUUGAUGCAAUGUAUUUUUAAAUUAAAGACACUUUUCAAGA